AUGGCAGCGCCGGCGAGCCACAGCGGCGACAGCGAACAGAGCCCGAGCAGCAGCCCCGGGAGCCGGACUGGAGUCGGGGGCACCGCGCUGGGAGCCCGGGACUCAGCGGCGACGGCCCCCGGCCUCCCUCCGCUGGAGGACUACGAGUGCAAAAUCUGCUACAAUUACUUCGACGCGGACCGCCGCGCACCCAAACUGCUGGCGUGCCUGCACACCUUCUGCCAGGAGUGCCUGAGCCAGCUGCAGCUCCGCGCCGCCGCCGCCAGUGCCGGGUCUGAGCGCCAGCCGCGCCCGCCGCCCUGGCACGGCCCUCCGGGCGCCAUCGCGUGCCCCGUGUGCCGCCACCGCACGCCGCUGCCCGACAGUCGCGUGCACGGCCUGCCUAACAACACCAAGCUCGCAGAGGCCUUCCCGCUGGCCCUGCGCGCCGCGCACGACCCGCUGCCCCAGGACCGCCUCCCGCCGCUGCCCGCGCGCCGCCCCGUGCCCGCCGCCGCCACCGCCGCGCCGCCCGUCGCAGCCCCGCAGCCCCCGCCGCCCGUCGAGGACGCGGACCCGGAGCCCCGCGCCCGCACGGGCCUGCGCGCCCCCGGUGCCUACGAGAGCUGCCAGAACUGCAAGCGCGCCGCGCUCACCGCCGGUUGCGUGUGCGUCGUCUUCUCCUUCCUGUCCAUGGUGGUGCUGCUCUUCACCGGCCUCAUUUUCGUCAACCACUACGGUGGCGGCGGCGGCGGGGGAUCCCCCGGGGUCGGGACGACGCCUGGCACCGGCCCGGCGUCCGGGACGCCCUCGCCUUCGCCCGUGGGGCCCAUCUGCCUGUCGGUGGCCAGCAUCCUGGCGCUCUUCUCCGUGGUUGUCACCUGGGUCAUCUGCUGGCUCAAGUACCGGCCCGAGGGCGCCGCCACGGGCUCCGCGGGAAGCAGCGGCGGCGGGGGCCCGAGGGCGCGGGCAGCGGCGGCUCCCGGCAGCGCGCGGAGGAGCGACACGUAG